CAAUGCGGCGCUUCCUAACAAGAUGGCGGAUUUUGGCGUCAGGGUAUAGCCAAGUUUCCGUACUGUAUGUAUACUGUGACCAAACCAAAAUUACCGAAUACCAAACGAAUCUGGAAUGUUUAGCGUUGAGAUGAUUAGUAAUAAGUUAACUUUAAAUUUAAAGAAAUUGCCUCGGGUUAAGUGUUAUUUUAUUUAAUAUUCCGUCUCUCAUUCAUAUUCAUGGUUAUAUAAUAUUAUUAUCGUGUGAUCUGGCUGGCUGCAUUGCUUGUUUUGUAUUAUUUGCUAUUUACUAAUAGUAGCCUACAUCAACUAUGAGUGAAACAGGAGAAAAGGAUCCCAGCGAAGAAGCACUUUUCAAAAGUGUAAAAUACAAGAUCAGUGGUACAGUCAGUCAAGAGGUUAUAGAUAUUCUCAAAAACGGUGGUGCUGAGAGUUUUGCCUACUUUUCUGAUUAUGUUACCAUAUGUUUGGUGGGAGAUGACCCUUCUGAUAGCGACAUUACCGAUGCUAACGAUUUAUAUGAAAUUCCGGCAGUCUCCAGCAACUGGGUUACUCAGUCUAAAAAGUUUAACAAGCUACUUCCUACCAAAUACUUUGAGAUUGGAGAUACGAGAAUAUUUGCCGGUAUUGUGGCCACAGUAUCGAAUGUAUCAAGUGAGGAUGCAGCAGCUCUCUGGGCAAUGCUUUUCUAUAAUGGUGCAAGAUUCCAAGCCAGACUGACUCCUCAAGUAACACAUCUUGUUACAACCAAAGCUUCUGGAAAAAAAUACGAACAAGUCACCAGCAGCAGUGAAUACAGUAAAUGUUUUACUGUUACACCCGAUUGGAUUAUUGAUAGUCUUCAGAAAAAAUCUCGUUGCAGUGAGGAAAAUUACCAUCCUCGACUUCUUGUAGAAAAGUCAUCGCCUGUGAGCAAAAUUACUGGUAGCCUCUCCACAGCACACAUCACAGGAUUUGCUGACGAGGAAGUCCCAGCGGAAGAAAGUAAUGCAGCUCCCACUCUAAGUAACGAACUUCUGCAACAAUUGAAGCAACGUAUGCCAUGGAAUCAACCUGCUGUUUCAACUCAAGCUUCCACUCAUCAGCCCACUGCAACUCAGACGAUGAAACUAGCUCAGACGAGAGUCGUGUCUACUCAGAGUCAACCUCCACCGCUACAACCAACUCUGCAACAGCCACAGCAACAAGCCAGGCUAUUGGUACAACAGCAUUUGCUGCAACCUACUCAAUGGAGACCUCCUCCAUCAAGUACACCGCAGUUACAAUCAACCCAAACUCAGAUCGUUCAAGGACAAGCGACUCAUAUCCAGCAGCAAAUCCAUCAACAGCUGCAACACCAUCAGAUGCAGCAACAAUCUGCUCAACAACAGGCUGCUCAGCAACAAGCUCCUCAGCAACAACAGGCUGCUCAGCAGCAACAACAGUUGAUAUUGCAGCCGCAACAACAGCUCAUUAAUCAUCAGCAAAAGAUACAGCUGCCAGGUCAAACCCAGUUCAUUGUGAGGGAGAAUCAGCAGCAAGGUCAGCAGUUCGUAUCAGCUCAUGCGCAGAUUCCGUGGCAACAGCAGACCACUCAACAGCAACAACAACAGCAACAGCAACAACAGUAUCAGCUUCGUCAACAGCAGGGUCAGCAACAACAGCAGAGAAUCACCUACACCCAGGGUGGUUCAGCAACACCUCCGCGUCAACUCAUUCAUAUGGAUGCUCAGACGCAUGCACAGCUGCAACAAAUGGACCCGCAACAGCGCGCAUUAUUCCUGCAAAAUCUUCAGAAACAACGUCAACUCGUUUUGCAGAGACAGAUGCAGGCGCAGCAAAGUGGUCGUAUUCGGCAGGGGGGUACUGCAGCCCAAGUAGCUGUAAUCAGCAGCCGUGGUUGUGUGGCUCAACCGGUGGCUCAACCUGUGCAGUGGGUCCAGCAUCGGCAGCAGCAUCACCAGAUAUUCAUUCCGCACAAUUCUCAGCUCAGGCAACAAGUGCUGUUGCAAGGUGAGCAAGGACAGCAGCUGAGAUCACCACAGCAGCAAGCAGUAGUCACAUCAGUAGUGGCCAGUGGUACACCAAGUCCUGCCACCAACACUGCAGCUGGGCAAUGGCAAGAGUCACCUUCCGUUAUAGCUAGUCAGCAGCAACAACAACAACAGCUAGCUCAGCUGAAGCUGCGUCAACAACAUGCGCAAAUUCAACGCCUCCAGCAGAUCAAGCAGAUGGCAAGACCUGCCACCAUGCUCUAUGCCAACCAGGAGAUCUCUGCUCCAACUGUCCAAACGCCGGGGGUCUCUCAAACUUCAUCCAUUGGUCCCCAAGAGAGCCAUGAACAACAAACCAAUCAAAUAGUACAGGAUAACUUUCCGGGAGUUCAAGGUCAGCCACAGCAGCAAACUUUAGUGGUUAAUGCCAAGACGAAAACGGCACUGGCCAACAUGUUGAGCAUCAGACUGCAAGCAGGGCAAGGCCAAAGCCAAGGCCACUCAUCGCAGCUGGAAGGUAGUGCUUCAGGCCAACUGCGUUUGAUGACUGCUCAACAUCAUGCUCAACAACAAUGCAAUCAAGUGCAAGUGCAAACUGUCACCCCUAACCCUGCAAUCGCUAGCCCUGCAACCCCCACUCCAACUGCUACCAAUCUGCAGCGUACCAGCUUGGUAAAUGUGACAAAUGCGAAUGUGAACAAUCAAGGAGCUUACUCGACUCAGGGGAGCACUGCAGCCAGAGUAGCAGCCGUUCUGGCGAAGAGUGCGGCUGCCACUGCUCCCACUGCAACUCAGCUGCAUCCCAGGGCUCACUUCUACGGACACAAUCCCACAUUGAAGUUGCCACCUGACAUGUGCCUUCUUGGAUGUGUGUUUCUGAUCGUGGAAUAUGAUCGAAGUGGCUAUGAUGUUUCAACUUGGCAACGAGUUAUCUUAGAGAACGGAGGCGAGUAUGAGUCCGCCUACUCUCUACGUGUUACUCAUAUUCUUUGUCAAACACAGAAGCAUCCUUUAGUACAGCAGGGACUCCGUGAUGGUAAACGGUGCAUAACAGCUGAUUGGCUGAGUGAUAUUACACUCAAGCAACAGGUGCUGCCGCCUUGGUUGGCUUUACACUUUCCUACACCUUUCAGUGAUGAGAAGCCUUGUCGUAAUUUGAUCAUCAGUUACACAGGAUUUGAAGGAGAGGAAAGAAUCAGAGUUAAGAAGAUGAUUGAAGUAACCGGUGCUAAAGUUACUUCCUACUAUACAUCGCAUAAUCAUAUUCUUAUAUGCCGCAGGCCUGAUGGUGAAAAGUACAAAAAGGCACGUGAGUGGGGAAAGUCGGUCGUUAAUGUGCAGUGGUUGAAUGAGAUUCUCUUCGGUCACUACUCAUGUCUACAACAAGCUGACUCCCACAAAUAUCAACAGUUUAAUUUGGGAAAUCCAUUCAGAAUUGACUACGCACUUGUGCCUCAUCUCAUGGGAGCCUGGAAAAUUCCGAUCAACGUAAUGCAAGAAUCAUACGAUCGAGUGAAAUCUAGUCCUCCCCUCAACAAUCGAAGGAAACGCAUCAAAUUUUCGAAUACGUCAUCCACUGCCGAUGCGGAGAAUCAAGAGAAUAAGGAAGUGAAUGUGACCAAUGCCAACGUUAGUGAUGUGAAAGAUGAUCAGAUGGAUGUGGUCCAACCAUGCAUCAUGUUCUCGGGAGUUGAAGACGUGGGGGUCGAGCAAAAGAAAGUACUCCAACUUGGUGGAGCAGUCGCUACAAGCUGCAGAGAAGCUACACAUUUGUUGGUUCCAAAGCUGACAAGAACAUUUAAACUAUUAUGUUGCCUGUCCACUUGCAAAUAUAUAUUGAAACUGGAUUGGCUGAGAGACAGUCACAAACACAAUACAUUUAUUGAUGAAAAGCAGUACAUUAUAAGCGAUGAUGAAUUCGAGAAGAUUUGGGAUUGCAAUAUUGAGAAAGUUCUAAGCUAUAAUAACAGAACGGAACUCUUCAAAGGCAAAACUUUCUUCUUUACUCCUGGUGUGAUUCCUUCGAGAUCCUUUCUUCGAGAAAUAACUGAGUACGCAGGAGGAACAGUUCAAAAACAGCGCAAAUCUUUGAAAGCCAUUCAAGAUUUUGAACCAAACACCUAUUUCAUCAUUGGACAUUCUAACGAUCUCCACCUUAUCAUAGAUGUUCUACGCGCUAACAUCGGUGUGUAUAAUGCAGAUUUCAUAAUGACAUCAAUAAUGAAACAAAAGAUUGAUUUGGAAUCCUCGAUUAUGAAAUUCCACCUCAGCAAGAAGUAGCAGAAUUAUUCCAAUUAAGCUUUAGUAACUGGAAUUUUCACCCAAAUCACUAUAUUUUCCCACAUUGUUGUAAUAUUAUUAGAGUAAUAUCACUGUUUCAGUUUAUUGGAAAUAUUAAUGCAAUUAAUAUGCAGUUGUUUAUCAGAGUAUUUUUAUUCAAUCUAGCCUAUUCGAAUCGUAAUGUGAUUCGUAAUUCAUUUAAAUUUGUCUUAUGUAUUUUGGCGAAAUAAAUAUUCUAAAAAAUAAAA